CAUUUCCUGUUGCGCCAACUCAGUGGAGGAUGUUGCUAGCUUUCAAUGUUGAUGCUUAAUGCACAGGAUUUUUCACAACAAUAGCAACAUCUCUUGAGAUACCUGCCUUAUAUACCUAUUAACAAAUGCUUGUCAAAAACCGUGCACCGCAAGUGGCUCGCAGAUUGUUUUAGUUUGCUUGAUUUUGUGGAUCCUUUUGUUCGACAAUGAAAUCUGACGGGUUUACAAUUUUUCCAAGUCUAUUCGAGCAGCUACUGCAGGAGCAGAAACAAGUACCAUGGCUAGCUAACGAUAACAAGUGGUUUUGCUGGCUAGCAAAAAUCUGAUUUCAUGCUUUCGUGCAAUCGACAACUGUUACGAGAAGAAACUAGACUGUUUGCAUUGCUGAAGUAACGUGGAUGUUUGUUGACGUUUGUUUUUGCUGGGCAGCGGUGCAUCGUGAAUACUGCUGGUUUGCCUGCUAUCCUAAUACUGCCAUCUGAAGGAGCUGAGCUAGCUAGCCAUAUAGUCUGUGUGUAGUAGAAGCCGGGUGGCAGUUCGAUGAUUUUCAGCCCUCAACCUUUGACUGGUGUGUUUUUACUCACAAUAAUAGCCAAGUUAGACAACGUCAACAAAUUGGCGUAGUUGCUCAUUGAAACAAUCCCUGAUACAGUGUCACGCACGGAUAUAUUUGCAUAGCAAGUUAGCUAGUUAACUGGUGAGAAGUCAUCGACUGCUGGAUGAAUGUGGGACAAAAUGGAGACCCCAACGAUUGUGUACGACUUGGAUACCUCUGGGGGUUUAAUGGAGCAAAUCCAAACGCUGCUCUCGCCCCCUAAGUCGAUGGACGGGCAGAACACUAGUCGGAAGUCCGAAAGAGAGACCAGAAAAAGCGGCAGGGCUACCAACCACAACACCUGUGAUAGUUGCCGAGAGGGAGGGGACUUAUUGUGCUGUGACCAUUGUCCUGCUGCCUUCCAUCCACAAUGUUGUAAUCCACCAUUAAGUGAAGAGAAUCUGCCCCCUGGUGACUGGAUUUGUCAUCGCUGUAAUGUCAGAAGCAAGAAGCGGGAUCAGAAGGCAGAACAGACCAAUGGACUCUUAGAGAGGCCCAACUCCAAGCGUUCCUCUUCCCCAGCGCUAGAACUGAACCAUGGACCCGGUCCACUGCAUCUUGACGGGUUAACCACUGAAGCUGGCGCUGCAGGACCUGUACUGAGGAUGGCAGCCGUGGCCCAGGUCCGCCUCCUAGAGCGCAGAUGCAGUAGCCGGACCAACAGCCGACCCGGCACGCCCACCUCCAAUGCCUCCUCCACACCUACUCCCUCGGAGGAGCAGAAUGAGGUGGUGGAGGACAUGGCAGAGACUGAAGAGGAGGCACACGGCUCUGAACCGGAGGGCUUAACCCCCUCAACACCCACUCCACGCCUCCUUAAGAGGCCCUUUCAACUGCUGAUUGCUGCAGCCAUGGAGAGAAACCCCACGCAAUUCCAGCUGCCAAACGAGUUCACCUGCUCCAGUGCACUACCAGGCAGUAGCAAAAGGAGGAAGAGAGAGGAGUUGAUUGAAAAGGUUUUCAAGAAGCCCCAGCCUGAAUCAGACCCCAAUGGGCCGAUCCCCCUGCCCGUAAAAGUAUGCUUCAACUGCACCAGGAGCUGCAGAAUGGCCCCUCUGAUCCAGUGUGACUACUGCCCCCUCCUCUUCCACAUGGAGUGUCUCGACCCACCACUCUCUGCAAUGCCAGCAGGGAGUUGGAUGUGUCCCAACCACAUGGAGCAUUUGGUGCUGAACCAGAGGAACCCAAACCUCACCAACCGCUGCCAGCUCUUCGACCAGUUUCAGGACCGGAUGUCCCAGCAUGCUGUUAAGGUGGACUUCCUGCGAAGGGUCCAUAGACAAAACCCGCCCAACCACCAGCACAGGAAAAAGACAAUCAAGGUACCAGAUGGCAUUAAAUCCCAAUACAACAGCCCUCCUGUGUUGGCCCCCAGAGGUGUCCGUAAUGGGGAGCUGGUAUGCAACGGAAAUCCUAAACAAGACAACCCUACACAACAUUUCACCAGCGAGGUUGAGCAACAGGAGUGGCUACAAGACGUCAUUGCUCUCCAAUGCAGCAUCAUGCGACAUCUAUCAUCCGAGCAGAAGUUGUCGUUGUCAGACUGGGAACAUACAGAGAAAGCUGACCUGAAACCCUGCUUAGGGACAGGGGAGCAGAGCUCGCUGCCUCCCCCAGCAAGAACAGCUUGUUUCAAACCAUGCAGUACCCUUGGCCACCCCCAGGGUGCUUCUGAACUGAAUAGCCCCAUGGAGGAAGGACAUUGUCAAAAUUAUUACAGGAAACCGAAUGGCCCCCUUGCCGAACAGUCACUUGCUAAAGGCUGCAGGUCUGUAACGGGUGAUUCUGUUGCUGAUUCGAGUAGCCAGGCUGAGCUCCAUAACAGACUGAAACCCUCGCAAACCCCACCUUCAUCAACUCAUAGCCCUUCCCAAGGCCUCUCCAACCACAUAGGAGACGUGGCUGUUAAAAUGGAGAGUACGAACCGCUUAGGGUCAUGUGCUUUGAGAGACUGGACCACUUCCCUCACAAUACGCCCAGACAUUGGGCAAAUCGACCAAACUCAGAUCCGAGGCCUAGGUCAAAUAAUACAUGUUGAGAGGCCCUCUUUUGAUGGCGCCCCUAUCUUCACCCCACCCAGAGCUGUCAGUGAUGUCAGUGCAUCCAAGCUAGUCACAUUCUCACCUUCCCCCGGUUCCACCCCAGGCAUAAAGACCAGCCCCGAGGUGGUUGUCUCUCCGCCCCCCAGCUCUCUCCUUCCCUCCAUUACCGACCUCUCUGGACGCAUGAUGACCGCAAUAGAAUUUGAGAUGGGCAAGCUAGAUGAGGAGUUGGUCAAACUUUUAGCCUUGCAGAGAAUACAGCAGCUAUUUCCCCCCAAAGCACCACCCACCCUUCCAAGCAGCUUGGCAGCCCCUGCACCCACCACCGUCGCACUCAAACCUCAGACGCCACCCGAAGAACCCCAGAAGAAGGAAGUGCAGGCCAGAGCUAUGUUCUACCCCCUGAUGGGAAAGGGAGGAGCCGUCAGCAUGUGUUACAGGGCUCUGUACAUCGGCUCUGGUGCUGACAUGGAUGUGUGCCUUACAAACUAUGGACAAUGCAAUUAUGUGUCGGGGAAACACGCAUGUAUCUUCUAUGAUGAGAAUACGAAGCAUUACGAGUUGCUCAACUACAGCGAGCACGGGACUACAGUGGACAACGUCCUCUACUCCUGUGACUUUUCUGAGAAGCCUCCGCCAUCUCCGGCCAGCAGUCCAGUGGCAAAAGUGCCAGGCGUUGUUCGCCGCUGUAAGGUUAAGGAGCAGGAGGAGAGGUCUGGUGCCCUUGUAGGGCUGAUGCCAGCAGGGGGAGUGAUGAGCAGCCAGCCCCAGGGAGGAUCCAGGCUCUCCUGCAACUGCAAGGCCAGUAGCUCGAGCCUAAUCGGGGGCAGUGGAGCGGGUUGGGAGGGCACGGCUCUGCUCCACCACGGCAGCUACAUUAAACUGGGCUGCUUGCAGUUUGUCUUCAGUAUCGCUGAGUUAGCCAGCAAGCUGCCAAAAGAGGAGACUGUCAACAAAGCCACUGGUACAGACAGUACCACGCCUGACCAAGAGGGGGCAGACAAAACGACUCUCUCACACAAAGUGCCCGUACAGAGCGCCAAUCCCAUUCCGUAGCCCCCCCCCUUUCCCCCCUUUUAUCUCUUUUCAGUCAAAACAAAGGGAAUUUUAAAGAGACGUUUGCUUAACAGGGAAUGGAAAAACCCCUUUGACUCUAUUUAAACUCUUUAUAUGUUUGCAUGAAACUGAAGUAUUAUUGAAAUCUCAUGAACAGACAGAAAACAUUUAUUCACAUUGCACCGUGACCACCGGACUGAAUUUAUCCGUACUCUAUAUCUUUUGCCAGGGCAAUUAUAUUUUCUAUAACAUUUUCUUAGUUCUUAAACCAGCUAAUUUAUCCCAGGCCUUUUUUUUAUUUUUUAGAUCAUGUUAUUGUAGUACAGUGAAACGUGUUCAUACAUACAUAGCUACCUGUUGGUUCAUAAGUAUACACUCAUACUUGUUCAUAUGCCUCUUUAUGUACAGUAAAAAAAAGUCUGAGACCACAUUGAACAUUUUAAUGGGGGAAUUGAAUACUGAGAAAGCCAAGAAUUUAGUUAUAUCAAAAUGAGCUCUUUGUAACAUUGUGAGAUUGUGCUGGGAUAACUUGAGUGAUCAGGUAUUGAACAAACUUGUGAAGACCAUGCAUACUGUCAUUAAAGCAAAAAGAGGGGGAACAUGCCAAAAACUGAGAUAUUCUGAAAUUCGUGUAUAUUUGUCAGAGAUUCAACUUUUCACUGACAUUUAGUCCAUAUUAUUUGUAAUAAAAACAUUUGUCUUACUUUCAAAUGCAAAAUAGAAGUAUCUUGACUAGUGGUCUCAGACUAACCCAGACUGUCUGUCUAUACAUAAUUGUGAACUUAAGUGCUUUUAUGUUGGACAAAGAUAUGCCUGGGCAUACACACACCAUUGUGUUUUUAGUGUACAACUAUUUAAAGACUCUCUAUGUGAUACCUGCUAGUAUGACUUAUAAGUUGUAAUGCUUGUUUAAAGUCUUGUCCUCAAUGCUGUAGUCAUUUUGUAUAUAGACCUGGCAUUUUAGCACUCAUUUCAAAUGUCUUUUUGUACCUAUAAUCCUGUAUAUAUGCGUUCUAUAUUGUGUUUUGUCUGUUAAAUGUAAAUACAGAAAGAUUUUUUUAAGAACAUUUUAAAACUGCUAU